AUGGCAGCUGCUUUGUGGUCAAAAUCCUCGAAAGAUACAGCUUCAGCCGCGGUUUCGCGGAUAAAAAACUUUAUUCAGCAUCAUACAUAUUGGGGUCGGGUCAACCAAUUCCGGCGGGCUUCCGGAUAUCGUAUUGAUUAUCAAAGGAAUCAUAAUUUCCACUCAAGCUCCCCCUUCAUUUUCGGGCCUUUCGUGCCCGUCAGAAAGAAUUCUUGGAGAUCUUUUAGCAUUGCGAGGAAUGUUCUGAACUGUAAUAGGUCUCAAGGUCCUCUGGACGGGGAUGGGAUUAUGUUGGGGCCCGGGAUUAAAUACAUUCAGAUGAGUGAUGGGACCGGGCUGGAUACGGGCCCGGGUGGAGGAGGGCCGCAAGAGGGUUCAUGGGGCGGAUCAAAUUUGGGACAGAGUUUUCCAACUCCAAAGGAAAUAUGUAAAGGGCUUGAUAAGUUUGUGAUUGGGCAGGAGAGAGCUAAAAAGGUACUUUCUGUAGCGGUUUAUAAUCAUUACAAGAGGAUAUACAAUGAUGUAUCUCAAAGGCCUGCUGGCGCGGAGGCAUCAGAUAGCGUUAAAGAUGAUGGCACUAAUGACAAGGAUGUGGAACUCGAAAAAAGUAACAUCCUUCUUAUGGGUCCCACGGGUUCAGGUAGGAAGACACUACUGGCGAAGACUUUGGCGAGGUUGGUAAAUGUUCCUUUCGUAAUUGCUGAUGCCACCACACUUACUCAGGCUGGAUACGUUGGGGAAGAUGUGGAGUCCAUUUUAUAUAAGCUGCUUACAGUUGCAGACUAUAACGUGACAGCUGCACAACAAGGCAUUAUCUACAUCGAUGAAGUUGACAAGAUCACCAAGAAGGCCGAGAGCCUCAAUAUCAGUAGAGAUGUCUCGGGGGAGGGUGUGCAGCAAGCACUGCUAAAAAUGCUCGAGGGGACCGUGGUUAAUGUUCCAGAGAAGGGUGCCCGGAAGCAUCCUAGAGGCGACAAUAUUCAGAUUGAUACAAAAGACAUUCUCUUCAUAUGCGGUGGUGCCUUCAUUGACUUGGAAAAGUCAAUCUCGGACCGGCGCCAUGAUUCGUCCAUUGGCUUUGGUGCCCCUGUACGUGCAAACAUGAGAACAGGUGGUGUUACAAGUGCUGCUGUAACUUCAUCUUUGCUGGAAACAGUUGAAAGUAGUGAUCUUAUUGCAUAUGGGCUAAUUCCAGAGUUUGUCGGACGCUUUCCCGUACUUGUUAGCUUGUCAGCACUUACUGAGGAUCAGCUUGUUCAGGUUUUGACUGAGCCUAGAAAUGCAUUAGGGAAGCAAUAUAAGAAAAUGUUCGGAAUGAAUGGAGUGAAGUUGCAUUUCACUGACAAUGCAUUGAGAUCAAUUGCUCGGAAAACAAUAAGCAAGAACACAGGCGCUCGAGGCCUAAGAUCCAUAUUGGAAAGUGUUUUGAUGGAUGCUAUGUAUGAGGCUCCGGAUGUUAGAAUAGGUGAAGAUAUAAUAGAUGCCGUUGUAGUUGAUGAGGAGUCCCUAGGUACCACCAAAGGUCGAGGAUGUGGAGCCAAAAUACUUUAUGGAAAAGGAUCAUUCGACCGCUAUCUCUCGCGGCACGAGUCCAAGGAUGUAGAGAUGGCUGAAGAAGGUUUCAGAAGAGCGGUUGAGGUCGAGCAGGAGCUUCCUUCAGUUGUUGCAUUGUAA